AUGGGAUGUUUCAGGCCAAAAAGAUCCAAAACUACUUCUAACUUGAAAACUACCACGCCCGAAGCUACUUUCCUAUCUCAACAACAAAAUCCUGCAGAGCCCAAAAAUCUCAAACAAGAACUUCUUUUGCAAAUCCCAGCAUGCACAGUUCACCUGAUGGAAGCAGGAGAAGCUCUGGAACUUGCCAAGGGAGACUUCAGUCUUGCCAGAAUUCUGGAUGAGAAUGUUUCUCUUGCUACAAUAGUUAAAAUUGGUGAUGAUCUUCAAUGGCCUUUGACAAAAGAUGAGCCAGUGGUUAAACUUGAUGCUUUGCAUUAUUUGUUCUCUUUGCCAAUGAAAGAUGGUGACCCUUUGAGCUAUGGAGUCACAUUCUUGGAGCAGUAUGGAAGCAGUUUGGACUUGCUGGAUUCAUUUCUUUUUGAGCUCUCAUGCUUCUCGUGGGCGGAAGCAUCAUCUGCUAGAAAUACUAGAAAUGUUGACUGGAAGGAGUUUGCUCCAAAUGUUGAAUAUUAUAACAAUUUUUUGGCCAAGGCUAUUGCUGGAGGUACUGGUCAGAUUGUGAAGGGGAUCUUCAAAUGUAGUAAUGCUUACACUAACCAGGUCCACAAGGGAGGUGAAAUGAUUUUAUCCAGAGCUGCAGAGGAUAAAAAUGGUGCCAUGGCAGCAGAAAUUAGCAACAACAGAAGCGCUGGGGCCACAAAGAAGAGCAAAGUCAACAAAAGCAUAAAACGUGUGAGAAAGCUGUCCAAGAUGACAGAAAAGCUAAGCAAAACUAUGCUUGAUGGUGUUGGCAUUGCCACUGGAGCAGUAAUGACACCUCUCGUCAAAUCUCAAGCUGGAAAGGCGUUCCUAUCUAUGGUACCAGGAGAAGUACUCUUGGCUUCGCUUGAUGCUGUUAACAAGAUUAUAGAUGCAGCUGAGAUCGCUGAAAGACAAGCUUUAUCUGCAACCUCAAAGGCUACAACCAGAAUGAUCAGUGAUAGGUAA